GGAAUUGUGUACGCCUACAUUUGCCACCUCCGCGCUUCAGAGGCUGGGGCAACAACGCCAGCACAAUUUGUUGAAGCAUUGCGCUUUUCAAAUGCCCUGCUUGGCUUUUGCAAGACCAGCCUUGAUGAUAUGCUCAGUGCACGUGUUGUGGGUGCCUCACACUCCAUAUAUCUGACAAAGAGGGUGCGCCGGCCGGCAGAGGUGCUCACGGUUUCUGAGGUUCAACAGCUGGAAUCCAUUUGUUUGCAGGAUGAGUCGCUGCAUCGCCGUGUCAUUGCUGGGCAUUUUCUCUUUUGCAUGAUGGCAGCUGCUAGGUGGCAUGAUUCAAUGCAUGCUGUCUCCAUGGAACUUUCGAAGGCAGACCACCUUUGCUUGUUGGAGGCGGCAACAUCAAAGCACAAGUCGUCACGUACCAAGGAACAGCAGAGGGAGCUGCUGCCAUUUACUGCACUGGGACAAACCUUGGCUGUUGAAAACUGGGCAGACUCAUGGCUGAGUGCAAGAGAGGAUUCAUGCAGCUUUGAAUGGUGCCAUUUUUUGUGCUCUUGGUCCGAACAUCAAGGCGAUUGGGCAGACACAAAGAUGUCAACCGCUGAGGCCACCGUUUGGCUAAGAGAACUGCUGGAGCCCAUGGUAGGGCCAGACCGGUCGGCGGUGCUGACUGUGCACGGCCUGAAGGCCACGAUGUUGAGCUGUGCGGCAAAGAGCAUGCUGUUCACCCCAGAGGAGCAAUUGGCGCUUGGACACCAUGUGAGCUCUCACUACAAGUCUGCCUUGAUUUACUCUCGUGAUAAUCAGAUUGGCCUUUGCAAAAAGAUUUAUCACAUGAUGGACAAGAUCAAAGCAGGUACUUUCAACCCUGAUGGCAGCCGUGUUCAAAGGUUGCUGCAACUAACGAUGGCCAGGGCCCAAGAGUUGCAGUCGGAUGAUGACAGUGACACUUCAUCUACCUCCACUGACGCUUCAAGUGUGGCUUCAUCAGAGGGGGAGCACCGUGAGCCGGAACCGUCCUCUUUCAGACGGUUGGAUGCAGCAGACAUUGACCGACCAAUCAACAAGAACCCGAUGCCUAACAUGUUUCAGUUGCAUGUGGCAGAGGUCAAUUUUGAGGUGUCCUUGAGAUUGGAAUCAUCCGAGUUCAUUUGCAAUUUCUUGUCUGAGCUGCGUGAACACCACGGCAUUGCACAAAACUUUAACUUGGUACUUCAAGCUGAAUAUCCUCCGCUGCUAUGCAACCGCAUGGCUGAAUGUGUGCGACAGUCAGCAGCAAGCAUGGGUGUUAUCCCAAGCCUUCAACCACGCUUGAAAGAGCUGCUCAACCUGAAUUUGGGGCAUCAGACCUUGCGGCAUGAGCCGUUGAUUCCAGAGUAUGCAACGGUUUUUCAAACAGAUGCUCCCGUUCAACAUGAAUCGCAUAAACUCCUGUCAGCUCCUUUUUCACAGGGGCACCAUAGCACUGAGCAGCCAGAAGGAACACAGGAACACAAGUCAAAGAGACCGAGAAAGGAGUUUAAAUAUGGGGUGUGGCAUACACCCGAACAGUUCCUGACUAGAGCUGAAGCUGUUGUUCACCCCAUGGACAAUGAAUCCUUUUUGCAUGAAGCUACAAAGAAUGCUAUCAAGAAAGUGGUCAGAACUGACCCUAUGGUUUUGGCAAAGGAGCGCUUGGCCACCGUUUUCAACCUGCGUAAACUGACAGACGAACUGAAGUGCCAAGAGUUGGCACUCAAGGACACAAUGCACCCAGAUGUCAAAAGAUGCACAGCGUCCAAGAACAUCAUCCUUUUUGAGCACGUCCUCAAACAGCUUGGCUUUUGGGAUAUGGAGGUUGUUUCCCUGUUGAAACAGGGAAUUCCUCUGGUGGGGUUGCAAGCGGCCCCUAAUGGAUACAGAGAGCAGCUGGUGCCAGCAUCCAUCACAGAGGACGAGUUGAUACAGUCAGCAGCUUGGAGGCGUAAGUCUCUGAUGUGUCAAUCCAAGCGCUUUAAACCUGAAGAGGAAGCCGCUCUCCUCGAGACCACGGCUGAAGAAGUGGCGAAGGGUUUUUUGGAGGGGCCGUAUUCAGAACAGGAAAUUUCCGUUUUGUUGGAAACUGAGGACUGGUCCCUCAGCCCGCGUUUUGUCCUCUUCCAGGGAACUGGCGGCAAAAUCAGAGUGAUAGAUGAUGCAAAAAAGAGCUCGGUUAAUGCAGCUUACAGUUCCACCGUCAAGUUGCAGCUCCAGGAUGUGGACUAUGCGGCUAACAUGGUCUUGUUUUUGAUGUCAGAAUCGGCGGCAGCCGGCAUUUCAGGUGAUGAGUGGAUGGGCAAGACCUUCGACCUUAGCAAGGCUUACAAACAACUUGCCAUUCUUCCUGCCCACCAGAAACAUGCGGCGGUAGGAUUUCCUGUGAGUGGCACCUGGAGAUUCUAUCGAAGUAUCUCCCUUCCUUUCGGUUGCACUGGUAGCGUGUAUGGCUUUGUGAGGGCUGCAGGGUGCUUUCUCUUGCGUUCAGCGUUUGCGGGUGCCUUUGACUUGUUGGGCGUGAACUUCAACCUUGCUUGGACUCCAAAGGGGAUCUUGCAGGUCACCAACAAAACUACGAGGAUCGAAAAGCUAUGCGCUCUUUUGGACAAGGUCAAGAGCGAAGGUGAGCAAAUCAUCUCUCAGAUCGAACUUUGGGCCCUCGUAGCAAUCAGAUGGCAUUUCCGUGAGCGACUUGAAAGCCGAAGAUUAAUCUCUUGGAUCGACAACGAAGCUGCAAGAGUUUGUGCAAUAAAGGCGUCGAGCCCGUCUCCAACCAUGAGGGCUCUCACGAGAGUUCUGGCAGACAUGGAAGUGGCAUGGCCAGUUUUUGCUUGGACGGAACGCGUAUGCUCAUUCUCCAAUCCUGGAGAUUUGCCAUCGCGACAUAAACUGAGUGAAGCCAUGCGUCGCUUCAAUGUUGCUGAUGGGGGCAUUGUGGACGCCACUGCCGAACUUGCCACAACAAUAGUUGGACUCCAUGAACGACCUUUUAGUGCUGCUCUCCUUUUCCACAGGGGCACAACACCUGAGCACCAAGCACGAAAUGCCAGCUGA